AUGGAGAUGCAAAGGUGGUCCACAAGGUGGAAAACGAAAAGGUGGAUUAUGGAUUCCACUGUAACCGCAUUCAUCACUUUAACCCUGGUUCUUCAGGCUACACAUGUCAGAGCAGCUGAACCGGUGGACGUGCUAAAAGUAUUAGAAUUUCACAAUACCCCCGAAGGAGUUCGGAAAACAUCAGGAUUUUGCACAAACCGAAGGGCGUCUAAGCCGGACACAGCCUACAGAGUUGGAAAACAGGCCCAGAUCAGUGCCCCCACCAAGCAGUUAUUCCCAGGGGGUGUGUUCCCUGAAGACUUCUCCAUCCUGACCACCCUCAGGCCCAAGGCUGGCCUCCAGUCCUUCCUGCUGUCUGUUUACAGUGAGCAGGGCGUGCAGCAGCUGGGGGUGGAGGUGGGACGCUCACCCGUCUUCCUGUAUGAGGACCAGAGUGGCAAGCCUGCUCCUGAGGACUACCCCCUGUUCCGCUCUCUCAACCUGGCCGACGGAAAGUGGCAUCGUGUGGCCAUCAGUGUGGAGAAGAAGACGGUCACCAUCAUCGUGGACUGUAAACAGAAGAUCACCAAACCCCUCCUCAGGAGUGACCGUGCCUCUAUUAACACCAACGGGAUCACUGUGUUCGGAACCAGGAUCCUUGACGAGGAAGUCUUUCAGGGUGACAUCCAGCAGCUGCUGAUUGUGGCCGAUCCUAAAGCAGCUUAUGACUACUGUGAACACUACAGCCCCGACUGUGAAACUCCCCACGGGCACUCCCUGCAGGCCCAGCAGCCCGAGGACGAGUACACUACUGCUGAUGACUUAGAUUACACUCAGUUCUAUGAUUACUCUGAAGUAGAAGGAGAGACAGAGAAUGUUCCAACAGAUGAGUACGAGGCGGGUAGUGACCCUCAGGUAAAUGAAACACUGAAAAGAAAGAAAAAUACGCUUAUUUGUCCUGUGAGAAAGAAACGUAGUGUCUACAUGAAAAAGAAGAGGACCCGAAAGUCCCUUAAGUCUAAGGCUAAGCCCCUAAAGUUCCAGGCCUCUAAAAAAUCUGCAGCUAAAAAGUUAGCGGUCGCUAAGAAGAAGAGACAGAUGAAUGGCUAUCAUGGCUAUCAAGCUACCGCGCCGGAACUACACCGAUACAGACUAAACAAUGUAGACGGAGAAUACACUGAGUAUACUGACAGUGAGCUUGACUACGGAACUGUAGAGGGUACUCAAACUCAGUCUCCCAUUGCCACCAGUGGACCAAACGAGGCUGUCGAGGAGGAGAUUGUUGCUGGUGACUAUGUUGUCACUGGAGCCGCCCCACUGAGUCAGGAGCCCACCGGUGCCCCCGAGGCUGGCCUGGACAGUGUGGACCCCGGAGUGGACGAGUAUGACUUUAAGGAGUAUGACCUAGGGGGCGUGUUGGACAAUAAGCAGUAUGAGUAUGGGGUGUAUGAUGAGUAUGGAAAUGUGGCCGCUGAGCUACCCAACCACAUGGAUACUGUUGAAGAAGAGGUGGGGCUGGGGGUUCCCGCGGAAACGGAGGAAUUCACCCAGACUGCCGUGGCUGGUGGUGGGGAGAAAGGAGAGAAGGGCGAACCCGCUGUGAUCGAACCUGGCAUGCUGAUUGAAGGACCUCCUGGACCUGCAGGCCCAGCUGGUCUACCAGGCCCCUCAGGUCUGCAUGGACCCCCUGGUGUUGCUGGAGAUCCUGGUGACAGGGGUCCCGCAGGGCGGGCAGGUCUGGCAGGAGCCGACGGUUUACCAGGUCCUCCGGGUACCAUGCUGAUGCUGCCAUUCCGUUUUGGAGGGGACGGAGAGAAGGGACCCGUGGUGUCUGCCCAGGAGGCCCAAGCCCAGGCCAUCCUCUCCCAGGCUAGACUCGCCAUGAGAGGUCCCUCAGGUCCAAUGGGUCUCACAGGAAGAUCCGGUCCAGUGGGUGUUCCUGGUUCUGCUGGACUUAAAGGUGAUAGUGGAGACCCUGGUCCUCAGGGCCCCAGGGGAGUCCAAGGGUCUGCAGGACAAAUAGGCAAAUCUGGCAAGAGGGGUCGUGGCGGAGCCGAUGGCGCCCGAGGAAUGCCUGGAGAGUCAGGCUCUAAGGGUGACAGAGGCUUUGAUGGCCUGCCCGGUCUGCCUGGUGAGAAGGGACACAGGGGGGAGACAGGACCACUGGGACCACCUGGAGCCCCUGGAGAGGAUGGACAGAGAGGCGAGGAUGGAGAGAUCGGGCCAAGGGGAUUGGCUGGAGAGAGCGGUCCUAGAGGUCUGCUUGGGCCCCGCGGUCCACCCGGUCCGACUGGACAGCCUGGUGUCGCUGGAGUGGACGGGCCACACGGUCCCAAAGGAAACAUGGGACCUCAAGGAGAGCCAGGACCUCCGGGUCAGCAGGGGAUCCCAGGGACACAAGGUCUUCCUGGUCCUCAAGGUCCCAUCGGACCGCCUGGUGAAAAAGGACCUCAGGGCAGGUCGGGGUUGGCUGGUUUACCCGGGUCAGAUGGACCUCCUGGUCAUCCUGGUAAAGAGGGCCCACCUGGUGAGAAGGGAGCUUUAGGCCAGUCAGGUCCCCAGGGUCCUAUUGGUUAUCCUGGUCCUCGUGGUGUCAAGGGUGCUGACGGUGUUCGUGGACUGAAGGGUGGAAAGGGAGAGAAGGGUGAGGACGGUUUCCCUGGGUUCAAGGGAGACAUGGGUCUCAAAGGUGACAGGGGUGAGCUUGGUGUGCUUGGGCCCCGCGGGGAGGACGGACCUGAGGGCCCCAAGGGCCGAGCAGGGCCCAACGGAGAGUCUGGCCCCAUGGGUGCUGCUGGAGAGAAGGGAAAACUGGGUGUUCCAGGAUUACCUGGCUACCCAGGAAGACAAGGUCCAAAGGGUUCCAGCGGCUUCCCGGGCUUCCCAGGGGCCAACGGAGAGAAAGGAGCCAGGGGCGUGGCGGGCAAACCCGGUCCAAGGGGGCAAAGAGGUCCAACGGGUCCACGAGGGGGUCGGGGUGCUAGAGGUCCUACAGGCAAGCCAGGCCCUAAGGGCACGGCGGGCAAUGAUGGUCCACCUGGCCCGCCUGGCGAGAGAGGACCUCAAGGACCCCAGGGCCCCGUCGGGUUCUCAGGACCAAAGGGCCCCCCUGGACCACCUGGAAAGGAUGGGCUGCCCGGCCACCCUGGUCAGCGAGGAGAGACGGGAUUCCAAGGAAAGACAGGUCCACCCGGCCCAGGGGGAGUUGUUGGUCCUCAGGGUCCCACAGGAGAGACUGGUCCCAUCGGUGAGAGAGGCCACCCUGGACCCCCAGGUCCACCCGGAGAGCAGGGUCUUCCUGGCUCUGCUGGCAAAGAGGGAGCCAAGGGAGACCCCGGUCCCCAAGGAGCCUCAGGUAAAGACGGUCCCGCUGGUCUACGAGGAUUCCCAGGAGAGAGAGGUCUUCCCGGCACGUCGGGUCCAGCUGGUUUGAAGGGAGGAGAAGGACCUCAGGGACCCUCUGGCCCCGUGGGCUCCCCUGGUGAGAGAGGUGCUGCUGGACCUGCCGGCCCUAUCGGUUUAUCUGGUAGAACUGGUCCUCAGGGGCCCCCAGGACCUGCUGGAGAGAAGGGAGGGCCUGGUGAGAAAGGUCCCCAAGGACCAGCUGGUCGGGACGGAGUCCAAGGUCCAGUGGGUCUGCCUGGCCCCGCCGGACCUCAGGGUCCACCCGGAGAGGACGGUGACAAGGGAGAGGUUGGAGAGCCAGGUCAGAAGGGAAGCAAAGCAGACAAGGGUGAACAGGGUCCUCCUGGGCCAGCUGGUCUCCAGGGUCCCAUCGGUAACCCAGGACCUGCAGGAGGUGAUGGAGAGCCCGGUCCCAGGGGUCAGCAGGGGAUGUUCGGACAGAAGGGAGACGAAGGAUCCAGAGGUUUCCCCGGGCCCCCUGGUCCCAUUGGUCUGCAGGGUCUUCCUGGACCUCCAGGAGAGAAGGGUGAGAACGGAGAUGUCGGUCCGAUGGGUCCCCCCGGUCCACCUGGUCCCAGAGGUCCUCAGGGUCCUAGUGGAGCUGAUGGUGCACAAGGUCCUCCCGGUGGUGUGGGUGCCAUGGGAGGCGUGGGUGAGAAGGGUGAAAACGGUGAAGCUGGCAACCCAGGAACCCCUGGAGAGCCCGGAACUGGAGGGCCUAAAGGCGAGAGAGGAGACAAGGGAGAGGCAGGACCACCCGGAGCUGCUGGACCCGCUGGCGCCAAAGGACCACCUGGAGAUGAUGGACCCAAAGGCAACCCUGGGCCGGUUGGUUUCCCUGGAGACCCUGGUCCACCCGGUGAGGCCGGUGUUGCUGGAACUGAUGGCUCUGCGGGAGAGAAAGGAGAGGAUGGUGAAUCUGGUCAGCCUGGUCCUCCUGGUCCAUCUGGUGAAUCUGGUCCACCUGGUCCUCCCGGCAAGAGAGGCCCCCCAGGAACUGCCGGUGCAGAGGGUAGACAAGGAGAGAAGGGCGCCAAGGGUGAGUCUGGAGCCGAGGGACCCCCAGGUAAAACUGGCCCAGUCGGCCCACAGGGGCCCUCAGGAAAGCCCGGUCCAGAAGGUCUGCGUGGAAUCCCUGGCCCUGUUGGUGAACAAGGACUUCCUGGUUCCUCUGGACAAGACGGCCCACCUGGACCUAUGGGACCCCCUGGUCUCCCAGGUCUGAAGGGUGACCCCGGGACCAAGGGUGAAAAGGGUCAUUCAGGUCUGAUUGGUCUGAUUGGACCCCCUGGCGAGCAGGGAGAGAAGGGAGACAGAGGCUUGCCUGGACCCCAGGGUUCUCCUGGAGGCAAGGGCGACGGUGGUAUUAGUGGAUCUUCAGGUCCUCUCGGUCCUCCUGGUCCUCCAGGCCUGCCUGGUCCUGGAGGUCCUAAGGGAUCUAAGGGUUCAUCGGGUCCUGCUGGUCAGAAGGGAGACACCGGUACGAUCGGUCCACCUGGUCCUCCUGGUCCCCCUGGUGAGGUGAUCCAGCCACUGCCCAUCCAGUCUCCCAAGAAGAACCGCAGACACGCAGACAUGCAGGCGGACGCGGCGGGUACCAUGAUGGACUACGGAGAGGGCAUGGAGGACAUCUUUGGUUCGCUCAACAACCUCAAACAGGACAUUGAGAGGAUGAAGUACCCCAUGGGCACACAGAACAACCCAGCCAGGACCUGCAAAGACCUGCAGCUCGCCCACCCAGAGUUCCCUGAUGGCGAGUACUGGAUAGAUCCUAACCAGGGAUGCUCAGGGGACUCCUUCUCGGUCUACUGUAACUUCACGGCUGGAGGAGAGACCUGUAUCUACCCAGAUAGGAAGUCCAGCGGAGUCAGAAUAUCUUCAUGGCCCAAAGAAAUACCCGGGUCGUGGUUCAGUGAAUUUAAGCGGGGUAAACUAUUGUCAUACGUUGACGCAGCCGGCAACACAAUAAACGAGGUUCAGAUGACCUUCCUGAAACUACUGACUGCUUCGGCCAGGCAGAACUUCACCUAUAACUGCCAUCAGUCUGUGGUGUGGCACGACGAGACCACCGACAGCUAUGACAAGGUGCUGCGAUUCCUAGGAUCCAACGACGAGGAGAUAUCCUAUGACAACAACCCCUACAUCAGGGCCCUCACAGAUGGAUGCGCGACGAGGAAGGGCUACGGAAAGACUGUGAUAGAGAUUAAUACUCCCAAAAUCGAUCAGGUUCCCAUCAUAGAUGUCAUGUUGUAUGACUUUGGAGAUGCCAGCCAGAAGUUUGGAUUUGAAGUGGGUCCAGUCUGCUUCCUUGGCUAA